AUGGCUGUGCGCGGCGCCAACACCUUGACGCCCUUCUCCAUCCAGGCGAUCCUCAACAAGAAAGAGGAGCGCGGCGGGCUGCCCGCGACGGAGGGGCGCCCCGUGCCCGGCGGUACAGCGGUGGCAGCGGCGCCCGCUGUCUGUUGCUGGCGGCUCUUUGGGGAGACAGACGCGGGCGCGCUGGGGGGCGCCGAGGACUCUCUACUGGCGUCGCCUCCUGGGACCAGAACGGCUGCGGGGCGGACCACGGAGAGCCCGGGAGGCUGGGAUUCGGACUCGGCGCUGAGCGAGGAGAACGAGGGCGGGCGGCGCUGCGCGGACCCGCCGGGGGCCAGCGGGGCCUGCCGUACAGGGGCGACCCUGGGCCUCGGCCAGCCGGUCUGUGAGCUUCCCGCAGCCAAGGACCUGGAGGAGGAAGCCGCGGGCCGGAGCGACAGUGAGAUGUCGGCCAGCGUCUCAGGCGACCGCAGCCCGAGGGUCGAGGACGACGGCGUUGGCACAGGAGGCGCACGCGUGCCCACGUUGUGCAGCGGCAGCGGCGGCGGGCCCGCGGGCGGCGCAGAGGAGGAGGAGGAGCCCGUGGCGCCCAAGCCGCGCAAGAAGCGCUCGCGCGCCGCCUUCUCCCACGCACAGGUCUUCGAGCUGGAGCGCCGCUUCAACCACCAGCGCUACCUGUCCGGGCCCGAGCGCGCAGACCUGGCCGCGUCGCUGAAGCUUACCGAGACGCAGGUGAAGAUCUGGUUCCAGAACCGUCGCUACAAGACCAAGCGCCGACAGAUGGCCGCCGACCUACUGGCCUCGGCGCCCGCCGCCAAGAAGGUGGCAGUGAAGGUGCUGGUGCGCGACGACCAGAGACAGUACCUGCCCGGAGAGGUGCUGCGGCCUCCCUCGCUGCUGCCACUGCAGCCCUCCUACUAUUACCCUUAUUACUGCCUCCCCGGCUGGGCACUCUCCACGUGUGCGGCCGCCGCGGGCACCCAGUGAGCCGGCCUGGGAUGAGGCAGCGAAUGAUCCCCGCGCCCCAGCUGCAGACGGGCGCUGAUGGCUGUACAAGUUGUGCCCUGUACUGGGGAGCCCCGCGGAGGGGGCAGGUGGAGGAUGAAAUCCAGCCCUGGCUCUGCUCUCCAGGACGUGCGCCCUGGCAGCGGGACUGGGUCUACCCAGAGGGGGGCGCCUUUUUCUAGUUUGAACAGAGGCAUCCUAUGGCCUAGGGACCCUGUUCCUACCCCCCGCCCCACUUGCUUGGAAGCCCUUGGACAUUAUUUAUUACCACCAUAAUGUUGGGUUUGGAUUGUGUCUGCCUGGGGAUGGCGUUUCCCAGAGAGGAGAGAACUCCUGGAGACCACACAAGCCUGAAUCCCAGAAUUUCAGGCCUGCCGGGAGCUUCGUGCGCUAGGCCACACUAGUUCAUGGUAUCCAUGCUACCAAUCUAUGUGUAUCUACAUAUCUAUUAUUUUUGGAAAUUGCAAUUGUUACAAAGGGGUUUAGAGCCCUGGCAGCCCCAAGGAGCCCCAGGCUAGGGGUUCAUUGAACCAUGAAAUGUUUGGUUUGCGGGCCCUCCUCCCCACCCCUCCCCGGUGUCAGAGCUCAGGUGGGGGCGCCUGAUUGGUUGCUGAAUGUAUGGAAGGGAGCCUCUGAGCACAGGGCAGGGCAAGGGCCCCGCAUCUUCCCUCUCGGAGGUCCAGGCUGCGACCAACUGGGGGAGCUCCUGGGAGCCCCCGAACCAGGAGAGAGGAAACCCAGGAGUCCU